AUGUUCAGGACACUUGCUAGCCCGCUGCUGGAGUAUUAUUCUGUGGUCUGGUCCCCAUACCAACAUGGACAUAUCAAACAGCUCCAGUCAGUGCAGAGACACUUUGUGCGAUUUCUAGGAUACCGCUCUGGUAUGAGAUACUUUGACGUCUCAGUGGACGAGCUGUCGGUUGCGUAUGGUCUUCGGAGUCUGGAGUGCAGACGAAGAGUUGCUGAUAUCUCCUUCCUGUCCAGGCUCAUAAACUGCCAGAUCAAUUGCUCCAGCCUACUUGAGAUGAUCCGGUUCCGCAUCCCUACAGGGCCAAGGCAGCAGCAUUUGUUCGAGCUGAGUCAUGCCGCCAGGAACUACCUCCGACAUAGCCCCAUCCCACGAUUGAUGCGACUUGGCAACGACAUUUGCUCGUCUGUGGAUUUUUUCUCCACAUCCCUUCGAGCCAUCAAACGCAUUGCUGCGGACUCCAGCCCAGACCUGCAUUAG